AUAUUUACACUGGUGUGACAGCUAUUGCACAGCGCGCGCGACCGAGUGGUACGUGCGCGCUCCGGUCCUCCGUCAUUCAUUUAACCCGGACGUGAAGCCGCUCCAUAGGAAAAUAUCAGAUACGGUAAAACAGCUUACCUUCAGAAAAGAUCUCUUUCUGGAUCAUUGAAAAUCAAAACUCAUAAGCAUUCCACAGAAUCUGUGAAGCUGAGAACUUCAUCAGAGAGAGAGAAACGGCUGCCACGUGAUGCCACAUCUCUGCCUCAUCAACAAUAGACCAUGUACCCGCAUCCAAGAGGUGAAGGACUCGCACCGAGCACACAAACGGACUCGUCCGCUAAGUUAAAACGCACCGCCACACACCUCUCUCUCAGGUUGUGAAGCUAAUGAACUGGACGGCUCACUGAAAAACACCUCAAGGUUCUGCCUGCAUUCCCUCUAUGUUCUCUGGGUUACGCUGAACACGAGUGUGUGCCCGGAUCCUGGCGGCGGCUGUGAAAUACACAUGCGUGCGUGUGCAUUAUUUGCCUUUGAGUAAUUACGUGGGUGCGCUUUGUCGGGGACGUCCUGCGGUGGCUGGCGUAGUGACCCUCCCCCUACCCCACCUUCAACGUUCAAAACUGGCGAUGUCCAGGGUACCGAGUCCGCCCCCUCCUGCAGAAAUGACCAGCGGCCCUGUGGCCGAAAGCUGGUGUUACACACAGAUCAAAGUGGUUAAGUUCUCCUAUAUGUGGACCAUCAACAACUUCAGCUUCUGCCGGGAGGAGAUGGGCGAGGUCAUCAAAAGCUCCACCUUCUCCUCGGGAGCCAAUGACAAGCUUAAAUGGUGUUUGCGAGUGAAUCCAAAAGGUCUGGAUGAAGAGAGUAAAGAUUAUCUGUCGCUCUAUCUGCUCCUGGUCAGCUGUCCUAAGAGCGAGGUUCGGGCGAAGUUCAAGUUCUCCAUCCUUAACGCCAAGGGCGAGGAAACCAAAGCUAUGGAGAGCCAGCGGGCGUAUCGCUUCGUACAAGGAAAAGACUGGGGGUUCAAGAAGUUCAUAAGGCGAGACUUCCUCCUGGAUGAGGCCAACGGACUGCUGCCUGAUGACAAAUUGACACUCUUCUGUGAGGUGAGUGUGGUGCAAGACUCUGUGAACAUCUCUGGUCAGAACACCAUGAACAUGGUGAAGGUUCCUGACUGCCGGCUGGCAGAUGAACUGGGUGGACUGUGGGAACAUUCCAGAUUCACGGACUGCUCGCUGUGUGUCGCCGGGCAGGAGUUCCAGGCACACAAAGCCAUACUGGCAGCACGUUCCCCAGUAUUCAGUGCUAUGUUUGAACAUGAGAUGGAGGAGAGUAAAAAGAACCGAGUUGAGAUAAACGACGUGGAGGCUGAGGUCUUUAAAGAGAUGAUGUUCUUCAUCUACACUGGCAAAGCACCCAACCUGGACAAGAUGGCUGAUGACCUGCUCGCUGCUGCUGACAAGUAUGCUCUGGAGCGGCUGAAGGUGAUGUGUGAAGAUGCUUUGUGCACCAGUCUGUCUGUGGAAAAUGCAGCAGAGAUUCUGAUCUUGGCCGACCUGCACAGUGCUGACCAGCUCAAGACGCAGGCUGUCGACUUCAUCAACUACCAUGCGUCCGAUGUGAUGGAGACCUCAGGGUGGAAGUCAAUGGUGGCGUCACAUCCUCACCUGGUAGCCGAGGCGUACCGCUCCCUGGCCUCCGCCCAGUGCCCUUUCUUGGGCCCCCCUCGCAAACGCCUCAAACAGUCUUAGUGCCGCCCCUUACUGUUACCUGACCCGCACACCUACACACACUCACACAACUGCCUACAAAGGGGGGGGGGAAGCGCUAUUUUAGAUUUACAUCCCCCCCCAAGCUCUGUCCCUUUAGAUGCCUAAACCAGCUCUUGAACUGCCCCUCCCUUCACGUUUUCCAGACAGACCCCUCCAGCGCAGAGGACCCUCUUUGUUGCUGCCCUACCGACGGGUUUCUCAGUGUUGGGGAGUGUUUAGGCUGCCACAGGUUGAACCCUGUCCGAAAACGUGGCCAAUCUCUGCACCAGUCAAUCCCAGAGUUUCUGUGGACUGCGGAUUCUUGAGCGUGGGCGGAUGGAUCGGGGUUGGGCAGUUAAGCAUGAGAUGGAUUAAGACUGGACUUUUUACGUAACUCUUUCCACUGGCCACUACUGUGUGGUCUCCUUCACUGUGUGAACCGGUUCUCCAUCUCCGCUUCAUCCCUCCUUCAAAACAGUGUGAUCGGCCAAUAGACAUUCCCCUUUACAUUCGUGGAUGGAGGGAUUUUUUUCUUUGAAAAGGAAUCAAGGACAAACUGUUAUUGUUGCUAACUUUUCAAUAGGUAGCAUGUGUCUUCGUAAUGACGACAUCAGCGUUCGGUAGAUUCCUGUGUGACUUUAUCAGUCCUGUGUGACAACAAACAGCUUUUCCCAGAACUGUCCUCUGUUUCUUGGGAAAUUUGAACAUAGAGCUUGCCAUGAACUUUUGACUUGCGAUCCACAAGCUAACCUGGCUUCCAAAUGGAGGUGAAGUUCAGAUGGACUUACAAAGUGGUUUGGUCUCAUUUUACAGGGCGAAUAAAUUCAUGAAUCCGCUGAGGAGUGUAAAAAUGGGGAAAUGCUAACGGAACUUUUUUUUUUUUUUCCUUGUGAUGUUUAUUUGGGGUUUUUCCUCCUUGUAGCACUUGUGUAUUUGAAUCCAGGCUUUCUGUAUGAAAAAAAAAAAAAAACAAUGCCAAAAACACAAACCUGUCUGUUUGUGUUUUUCUUUUUGUUUUGUAACGGGCACAACAUGUUUAUGUUACAGGCAUAUCUUAGCGGUUAUCCUGCUUUCUGCUGGUUCCAUUCUCUCUUUAUAUUUGGUUACAGUCAUGGAUUAGACAAAUCUGGAGCUCUUGCUGAAAUGGAGAAUUGGCUUUUUUUAAAUAAUUAAAUAAAAGCCUGUCCGACUGACAGCAUACAAGGUUUUUGGUUCCAUAAAAAGAAUUUCAUAUGUGGCUUAAUCUUGUUUGUACUAAAAAAAAAAAUUACAGUGCACCAGAUCCUACAAAAUCAUUUCUGUUCAUGCUCACAAAAAUUGGGAGACAAGUAACCAACUUUUUGUUACCUGCAGAAAAUUAUUUGGCAUAGUGGAUGGUUCUUAGUGCUAAUAGGACUUGAUAGACUGAAUUACAAUUACAUUUAAUAAAAUAAUAAUAAUAAUAAUGAUGAUGAUAAUAAAUAUUAAAAUUGUUACCAAUGAGUAU